GAAGGAGCAGAGCAGCCGGCAGAAACCCAAACGUGCGCGCGGACUGACUCAAUUCAUCAACCUGACAGCUCGGAUGUUGAUGUUUAUUUAAUCGACGGAUAGGUAGACGGUCCGUGUCGAGCGGUGUGACCCUGCGUUUAGCUCGUGGGUGAGUUGUGGCGCCUCUGCCCAAAAAAAAGAAAAAGAAACGCUCAAGUGCUGCCUCGACGACGCCAAAAAUUUUACGGCUCACGUCGCGACUCAACCAAGGACAGCUGGCCAGCGUCCGCUCAGCUGUCCUCGACCAGAAUCAGCGGCUCGUCGAGCACAUCCUUUUGGGCGCGGUGGCAUAUUUGCCUUUUCUCGUUGACUCUUCACAGCAGCAGCAGCCUCAGCGACUCAAACCGCAGUCAUGAUUUCGCCCCAGCCUGCAGGCGGGCAAUGGUAUGCCGUCCGGUCGUCAGACCUGCCUGACAUGAUAACCUAUGAAUUUUACGAGACCAUCGACCAGCCUCGUGGCUGCGGCUUCCACAUUCGGCGCCUUCUGCACAGUGAAGGCGACAACAAUCAGAAUGAGGAAGAACAGGACACGCCAUCCAAACAGCGCAACAACCUCAUCGAGCACGCCCUCAUGACAACCAACACAGAGAGUACUCUGCCGACCCUGGACACCAUUGCAGAGCAUCAGAGUGGCGUGACCAGCGUCGCUGUUCAGCAAGACAGCCCCAAGUUAAAGGGUCCGACCGCUGCAUUUUGCAAGUUUCGUUUCACCACCGCCAGCGACUUUCUCACCCCAGAUGGCCCGUUGCGCCGCUUUAUGUACCGCGACACAUCAGACAGCUGUCACAACAACAAUCAGCUUUUGGGUGGGUGGCGCAUGCUCAAUGACCUGACCAAUAGACUGCGCUCGCUGCGCAAUAGCGCCUUUCUGGAGGUGCGGCCAGCCACCGAGGAGGAGCUGCGCACCCGCAUUGCACACGAGCAGCACAUGGCCGCUCAGGCCCAACCGGCGCCCAGCAUUCGGCGACGCUCCGUGGCCCUGGGUAAUCUGGAUACGCUGGCCCAGGCCCAUCGCCAGGCCCACGCCAACAUUCGCCGGCGUCGGCGUACAGACUACACCCAUGCCGUCAGCCAAGCCCUAGGUUUUUACUGCAAAAGCCUUGAAGUGGCAUCCUGGUCCUCCUUUUCUUCUGACUGGUACCCCGACUUUCCCAUGCCCCACUCGGCGCGCGGUCGCUGGGGCUUUGUGCAGCACAUGAUGGAGUUGCGUCACACAGCUCAUUCCCAAGCCCCAGCAGCUGGCCAGUCCACCUCGAGGCGACCCACCUCGGUAACUGAAGGGCACGAGGCUCAGGCCGGCCGUCCCAGCACAGCCCCGCCCACCAUGCCAAUGCGUAGACACAGCAGCGUAGAGAUGGGCUUCACCAAGCGCACCGACGUGCCGCCCAUGGCACAAUCCACCAUGUCCAACCCCACCGGCUCCAUUAUGACCACCGCUUGCGCAUCCGACCCCGCGCUCGAUGUUGGCCUGGCACUCGAAGCUGAGUUUGAGUUUGACCACACGGUGGACGCAGUCAUCAUGCUGUGGGAGGCCCUCAGUCCCUACUCUGAGGGCAUGCUCCUUGACAUCGCUGACGACACCGAGAAGUCAGAUGAGCCACGCUCAAUGCGCGAAACCAUCAUCGAGGACCUCAUUGAAAUAUGCCCCGCCGCCACGAACGAAGCGGUUGCCACUGACAUUCGUCGCAUUGACCAGUCAUGGGUCUCCGUUGAAGGUGCGGGCUCGCCCACACAAGCGGCACGCUAG